UAUGAUGCAGUUCCACAACACACAGCUACAUUCACCCACAGACCGAGGGGACAGACGAGAGACAACCUCUGGCACCCCCCAGCAGCUGGACAGCCAGGCAGCCUCCCCAUCUUGAGUCCCCCCACCCCCAGAUACCCUCCCUGCCCAUUCCCCCCCAUCCCCAUUCCCCUUCCCAAUUGAAGGAGCGGAGAGAAGAGUGAUCAGAGAGAUUGAGAGAGAGAGAGAGAUAGACGGAGAUCUCUGGAGCCGACCUCAAGGUGACAUCCAUUUCUACAUUGUUUACGUCUGGGGGGGGCCCUGGCCGGGCAGCCCCCCAACAUUUCUCCUGCCCUGAAACACGGCUCUAGCCAACCUGCUCCGCUGCUUCACUUGCGACCGUCUGUGCGGGGGCUGCACGGCGCCAGCCCCUCCGGCCCGCCAGGGCAUCGUCCUCCAGCCCGUCAUGCCCAGCUGCGACCCCGGCCCGGGCCCCGCCUGCCUCCCCGCCAAGACCUUCCGCAGCUACCUGCCCCGCUGCCACCGCACCUACAGCUGUGUGCACUGCCGAGCACACCUGGCCAAGCACGAUGAGCUCAUCUCCAAGUCCUUCCAAGGGAGUCACGGGAGAGCCUACCUGUUUAACUCCGUGGUUAACGUGGGGUGUGGGCCAGCAGAACAGCGCCUCCUGCUCACCGGACUUCACUCGGUAGCUGACAUCUUCUGUGAGAGCUGCAAGACAACACUGGGCUGGAAAUACGAACAGGCUUUUGAGACAAGCCAGAAGUACAAGGAAGGGAAGUACAUCAUUGAGAUGUCACACAUGGUCAAGGACAACGGCUGGGACUGAGGGGCUCAGGCAGGCGGUGCCCUACCUCCGCAUGCCCCACCCUCCCCACACCUGUCCCAGGGCCGUGCCCAGCAGUCCAGACCAGCAUGAGUACUGCUCCACUUCUGGGGGCAGGGGGGACACCUGGCUCCAACCAACCCCUCCCCCAGCCGGCCUCCACCUCAUCACUCCCAGGUCCCUUUGGAACAGGGUCCCAGGGUGCUCCCCUCCCCCCAGGGGUGUUCAAAGAGUGGGCAGAAGUCAGGGAGACAGAAGUAGGGGGGAAGGAUGGAUGGGGGUCCUUGGAGCCCCCAAGGUCCUGCAAAUUGAGACAAUAGCAGGGCAGUAGAAUCAGGGUACUGGGGGGGGAGGGCAUGGGAGGAGCCCUCUUUGGCUCUGACCGCCCCCCCCCCCCCCAAGAACUGAAGACCAGGUUUGAGUCAGGGUGGGGGGUGGCUGGUUGAUCCUGGGCGUUGGUAGAAAGAGCAGGGACUGGAGUGAAAUGUAGACCUCAGAGGGAGAUUUCAUUGUCUCUGAGGGAGAAUCCCCCUCACCCCCAUCUUUUAUAAGAGAAAGGAUUCAAGGGGUGAGGGUGGAAGGAAAAAAAUAAAAACCACCCCAAUCCCAGACUCUGGGAAAGAAUCAGGACAGGACAGGGGGUUUCCAUUGCACUCUGCUUGUUAGUUUUUCUUGGCACUGAAGAGGCACUUUCAAGUAGCUAGCUGACCUUGGCCUUUGAGUGGGAUGGGGGAGGUGGAUCUCCGAACCGCACCUGUGCCGGGCCGGCUGGCUCCGGGUCGAGCAUCCUUCUGGGCCCGGCCACUGCUCCCAGGGAGCCCCUUGGAGGGGAGGUGGGAGGUCAGAGCCACGGGGCUUGGCUUCUCUGCGGCUGCCACCAGCGAACGAAACUUUUGUAUGUUCCAUAAAGUGUUUGGGUCUAUUUUUAAUAAAAAGAGGGAAAAGUGA